AUGAAACUUCAUAGUUUUAUAUGUGGUUUGUCUUUUACAGACACACACUCUCUGCAGUACAUCUACACUGUUGAUGGGCAAUUCACUGCUGUUGGUCUGGUGGAUGGACAGCAGGUUGUGUACUAUAAUAAAAGUAAGAUGAAGAUGAUCCCAAAGAGUGAGUGGAUGAAGAAGAUUGAAGCUGAUGAUCCACAUUACUGGGGCAAUGAGACACGGUAUAUGAAGGAGCAGCAGGUCUGGUUCCAAAUAAUUGUGAAUCGAGCAAAGCACAGAUUUCAUCACAAUGAAGGUGUGUGUGCAGAUCAUAAUACAGUACAGAGGAUGUACAGCUGUGAGCUCGAUGAUAAUGAUGUCAUCACUAGAGGAUACGAUCAGUACUGUUAUGAUGGAGAAGAUUUCAUCAGUCUGAAUCUGACAACUGUAACCUGGACUGCAGCUAAUGAAAAGGCUAAGAGUUUUGUAAACAACUGGAAUCCUAAAGGCACUAAGGCUGAAUACUGGAAGAACUUCCUGGAGACUGACUGUAUUGAUCGGUUAAAGAAGUUUGUGUCUUAUGGCAAUAAGACUCUGCAGAGGAAAGUUUGUCCCGAAGUGUCAGUGUUUCAGAAACACUCUCCUUCUCCAAAGAUGGUGUGUCACGCUACAGGUUUCUUCCCCAAACCACUAAACAUCACCUGGCAGAAGGACGGAGAGGACGUGUAUGAGGAGGUGGAUCUCAGAGAGACGUUACCCAACCAGGAUGGAAGCUUCCAGAGGAGAAGCAUUCUGAAAGUCCCAGCUGAGGAGCUACAGAAACACACCUACACCUGCGUGGUUCAGCACAGCAGCUUGGAGAAGGAGUUAGUGCGAGAAGUACCAAAAGGUGGAGGAUUGAUUGCUAUCAUCACUGCUGUAGUCGCGGCUCUCAUCACUCUCGUCACCGUUGUUGCUGGAAUUGUGGUCUGGAAGAAGAAGAAAUCUGGUGAGAGGAGGGUCACUUACCAUCAGUAG